AUGGUUGAUGAAGAGGAUGUAAAUGUAAAAACAAGAAAGCCAAGACAAGUAUCCAUUACAAGAUCAAAUUGCAAGGCAUGCAUAAGAGAAAAAGUGAAUAAAGAAGGACAGUUUGAGGUGGUGGCUCAUGUUAUUCAGCAUAACCACGAGCUAACAAAGCCACAGUGGCAUUAUUUGCAUCGUUCUGAAAGAAAAAUGACAGAGGAAAAAGUUGUAACAAUGAAAUCUUCAGGUCUAACUACAAUGGACACUUACAAUUACAUGGCUACAGAGGCUGGAGGAGAACAGAAUAUAGGCCAUAGUGUUGUAGAUCACCUGAAUUUCUGCUCAAGGUUAAGAAUGGAACAAAUUGAGGCUGGAGAUGCUCAAACUUUAGUGAACAUUUUAAGUCAGGAACAAUCAGAGGAUCCAAACUUCUUUUUUAGAGUGAAGUUUGACAAAGAAGGAAGAAUUUGCAAUAUCUGUUGGAGAGAUUCAAUGAUUCUAGAAGACUAUAGGAUAUAUGGAGAUGUUCUUGUCUUUGAUACAACAUACAGAACCAACAAAUAUAAUCUUAUAUGUGCUCCAUUUGUUGGCAUAAAUAACCACUGGCAUAAUUGUAUGUUUGCUUGUGCUUUUAUUGGGGAUGAAACGACAGAUUCAUUUGUGUGGUUACUACAAACCUUCUUCAAAGCUAUGGAGGAUAGAAAACCAACUUCAAUAUUCACUGACCAGGACCAAGCAAUGGUAAAUUCUAUACUAGAGGUGAUUCCUAAUACAAGACAUAGACUUUGUAUAUGGCAUUUGGAGAAAAAUGCCAUAACCAGAUUUGGAGCUCUUAAAAAAGACAAAGAAUUCAAAUUUGCAUUCAACCAGUGGUUAAAGAUGUGUGUGACAGAACAAGAAUUCGAAGCAAAGUGGCAAGCAAUGUUGCAAAAAUAUGAGUUGACAGAACACUCUUGGUACAAAAGAGUGUAUGAGUUGAAAGACAAAUGGUGUCCUGCCCUUUGUAGAGAUUUCUUUUCAGCAGGGAUCUUAUCGUCACAAAGGAGUGAAAGCACUAAUCAUGCCAUAGGAUUUAGAGCAAGUAAAGCAACUACUUUGACAGAAUUUUAUACCAUAUUUAAGAAGACAACUAAUCGUUGGAGAAGCACAGAGAAAUAUGAUGAGUUUACUUGUAGAAAGUCAAUAGCAUUCACUUCACUGCCUCUAUCUGGAAUGCUAAAGCAUGCCGUACAGGUUUUCACUUUAUCACUCUUUAGAAAUUUUGAAGAGGAGUUUGGAUACUCUAUGGCAACAACUGUUCAGAUGUUAGGCAGUAAUGAAGAAUGCCUACUUUAUCAAGUAACACUAGAAGACAAGCCAUGGUCUGCACAUCAAGUAAAUUAUAUACAAGAGAGCCAAACUGUAUGGUGUACUUGCAAAAACUUUAAAGCAUCUGGAUGGUUAUGUUAUCAUUGCAUCAGAAUUCUACAUUUGCAUUCAGUAACAAGAAUACCAGACAAGUAUGUUUCAAAAAGAUGGACUAAGUUUGCAAAAACAGAGGCAUGGGAUAGGUUGAAGAAUCAGGAUCCUAAACAGCAAUAUAUUCCAUGGAGGCAAACAAUGAUGAGGAAAUACUACAAUCUAAUCUUAAAAAGUCAAGAAAAUGAAGAGACAAGAGCAUUUAUGGAAGAAAGCUUCAGAAACAGUCUUAAAAUGGUGGAAGACUUACUUGCUAGUGUUGCUCAGAAAGAAAGUGCAGAAGCUGCUUCUAACAUUCCUGAUGUGGCAGACAACACUCAAAGCAAUACUGACGCUUCUUCAGCAUCGAGUACAAGCACAUGUGUACCAAUAAUUCUUGAUCCUAAAAGGGCUGUAACAAAAGGAAGAAGCAAGAGAGCAAAAGGAGGACUUGAAAAAAGCAAGAGAAAAAGAAAACCAGCACUGCCACCUCCAAAUUCAGAAUUUGGAUCAAAGACACCUAACUUACGACUCUUUUAA